AUGGCCGACCUCACUUCACUCUUUUACCUCGGUCUGGAGCAACACAGGGUUGGCCUCAGCACCGUGCGUCGGAAGUAUGCAAUGCUCAACAAGCUGUUGCGAGAGCACGGCAUAGAUGUGUAUCUCGAUGAAUCAUACAUUGACAGGAACUACAACAGGAACAGAGACUCCCUGUAUGACCCCAACGACGGUCAAGACAUGCACAGUCAUCGCAAGAUCAAGCGGGGUCGGCGCUACUGCUUUGCCCUCGCAGUUCAGGGCCCGGAUCCGCGCGUGUGCACCGUCAGUGACCGCAACGACCGCGCCCUCGCCGGUCCUGUUCCAGGCACGAGCUGGAUCUUCGACCCUGGCAGCGCACUGCAGCGCGAUGAGGAGCAGCCACAAGCAUCGCAGUCAUCAGCGCGCAAGUGCAGCCGGUGCAAGCAGCCAGGGCACACGCGGAAGAAGUGCCCCGUCGCUGAAGAAAACCUGCCUCAACAACCACAGAAGCAACCAUCCACACGCAAGUGUGGUCGAUGCAAGCAGCCAGGGCACACGCGGAAGAAGUGCCCCGUCGCUGACGAAGACCUCCCUGAGCAACCACAGCAACAGCAGGGCCGUCCCCGGAAGCCUUCUCGUGGGAGCUUCCAUACAGGGGACUAUCAUAAAGCCUUUAAUUCUGACAACUUCAUCAGCUGGUUCAAGGAUGCGUUGCUGCCGAACCUGCACCAGCCGUCGCUCAUCAUCAUGGACAACGCAGCGUACCACCGCACCCUCCCACCAGACACGCCAGUCCCGGGGAGAAUGAAGAAAGCGGACGUCAUUGCAGCUCUGCGAGCCAGGAACCUGACCGUGAGCGAGAUUGACUUCUCCUGCGAGCUGAAAGACCGCCUGAAGUUGUGGGUGAAGAACCACGUCCAACCCGAGGUGGUGCAGCUGGCCGAGGCGCAAGGCCACAAGGUGCUCUUCUCCCCUCCGUGCUACAGCGACCUCAACCCAAUCGAGCUCGUGUGGGCGCUGAUCAAGGGCAACGUCGGCCGCAGAUACAGCCUCGAUACAACCUUCGAGGAUUGCGACUAA